AUGCGAGCUUUAUUACAUGGAGACCAAUGUGCAGAACAGUUUUCAACCGGGCACCUCCAAUUAGGAAAUGAGAAAGUACCAUUUGAUGGGAAUAGUGAUAUUAAUUUGGCUCAUAUUGCUAUCAUGGUGAAUUCCCCAGCUGAAAUGAAGAACAGGGUAUUACCAGACUUAAGUAAUAACUAUAAUUCAUAUAAACGGUUGUGUGAAAGGGCAAUUCUUGCUUCAAAAUAUGAGACAGUAGCAAGGAUUAACCAUGAAUUAAUGAAUAAAAUUCCAAUAGUCUUUAAGGAAUACAAAUUAGUUGAUUCAGUCCUUGAUGAAAAUCAAGAUGUCCAUUACCCAACAGAAUUCCUUAAUUCUCUUGAGACACCUGGACCUCAUCCACAUAAACUUUUUCUGAAGGUAGGAGUCCUAAUAAUGCUUGUAAUAAAUUUCGAUCCUCCUAAAUUAUGCAAUGGGACAAGGUUGACUGUAAAGACAUUAUCACCUAAUGUGAUAGAAGCUACCAUCAUCACUGGAUGUGCCUCUGGGGAAGAGGCUUUCGUUCCAAGGAUUCCAAUCAAACCAACAGACAUGCCAUUUGAGUUCAAACGAACACAAUUCCCAGUGCGACUUUGCUUUGCAAUGUCAAUUAAUAAUGCUGAAGGCCAGGCUUUCAAAUUUACUGGGUUGCACUUAAUUGAGCCUUGCUUUUCUCAUGGUCAACUUUAUGUUCGUUGCUCCAAGACCAGGUCAAGACCAGGUCAAGACCAGGUCAAGACCAGGUCAAGACGACUGAUGGCGGAAACGGAUGCUGUGGAUGACCAAGAUGUCUUAUUUGCUUCAUCUUGCUCCCUCCGCUUCACAAUGCGUUGCUGCAGCAGCUUUCCUCUGCGUUGA